CACAACACGGCCUUUCUUCCUUCAACGAACGAACGACUGAACGAACCACAGACGAUACCGAUAGAGGUACAUAUGUACACAACACACCAUGGCCGGCAGUGAGUCGGUCCCACCAAACACACAAGCCCGCCCGCUUCACUCGCAGAAAACAGGUCACUCGACUGACUGACUGCACCACUGUUGGUUGAGCCAGGCCAGCGACACCCAACACAAACCCUGCCUGCGUGUGUGAACCAUACGGUGCGGUGGGCAGCCGACAAAGGACUCAGCUGGUCCUGUCCGCAACACAUUCUUCCCUGUCUGUCUGGUCUUCUCCCUCUCUCACGAGGACAGAAAAAGAAAGAAAGGACUGCUACGGCAGCACCGUGCCCACGAACCUCGCACCAGCCGACCACUGCAGCACCACACACAGAUAGAGCAAGACAAGAGGAAGGACAUAAAACACCACACCUGUGUAGACAUCUGUGUGUGUGUGAGUGUGUGUGUGUGUGUGUGUUGCCAUUUCCCUCACCUUUGGCACUCGUUUCCGCCUGAUGCCGCGCUGGCCCUCCGCUGCCUGGGUGUCCCUCUCGUCCACCACGGGCCUCAAUACCCUCUCUCCCUCCUCCGCCCCGUUACUGAGCAACGGUGCUGAGAGCGGCUUGCCUGGCGGGCUGGUCUCGCCCACAUGUUCCACCACAGACGGCGACGCAACACUAACACCCUUGAACGCACCAUCGCCUCCGCCACACACAGGCAUCGACAGGUUGCGUCUUGGCGACCCAAAGAAGCGCGUUACCAGCCAGCGCGCAAAGCCCCCCUCUCCUUGGCUCUUGUCUUCAGCUGCCGGUGGCGAGAUGGUUGACAUCUCGCUGGGAGGAAUGACCGCUGGCGGGGAUGGCUCGGCGGUCUCGAUGGUGUCGACGGGCCAGAGGCGGACGACGGCGCUGGAUGGGGCGCGGCAGACGGGGCAUGUGGCACCACGGUGGAACAGCAGCUGGGCACACGACACACAGCAACCGCCAUGUCCACAGUAAAGAAAAGUCGAGUUGGCAGGCUGCAGAAAGGGGGGACAGAAUGAAUAUAUGACCAAUGAGUGAGUGAGUGACUGUCAUUCACUGGCUGGUUGCUGCCAUACUGUCGGUUGGCUCCCUCCCUCACCCACCUUGUCGCAGCAGAUGAAGCACUGUGCUGCCCCCGCUGCCCCCUCCACCUUGUCCACCUCCGACACCAUGACAUCGCUCUCCAGCAGGGGAGACCGCGGGCCCACCAGCUCGCUCGGCGACCCGUCAUCCGGCCGCUCAACGUCCCUCUCCACCUCACACACAGCCACACUCCGCGCAGACGACGGCACGCUGCUCUGGCCACCGCCCCGGCCCCAAGGUGCCAGCCGCGUCAUGAGCUCACGCACAAAUGACGACGGGGAUGGCCGAUGGGAGGCGUCUGGCGCUGGCGGGGGGAGUGGAGUGAGGUCGAUUGCGGUAUCGGUGUCGCUGUCCGGCGACGGCCCGGUGGUUGCCCGUGGGUGUUGGGGGCCUUUGUGUCUGCGGAAGAAGGGAGUGGUGGAUGGGACGGCGGUGUGGUGUAGCAGGGAUGGCGUGAAGUGGUCCUCGGGCUUGGGGGGCCGGAAGAAGGUCUUGGUGAUGGCCACCUGAAUGAACCAGACAGACAGACAGACAGACAGACAAGUGGGAAAGGCACAUUGUGUUCACCACAUCCAUCCAUGUUGCAACCCAUGCAAGUUUGUAUAUGUAUGUGUGCAUCAGACAGCCAAGGGACACGUUGUCAUCAAACUAUGACGUCAGCGACUCUAGUUCCGUAUCGCCAUUCAUCACCAUCACACAGUACCGCCAUCCCUUUCUGGCCCCUCCCUCCCUCCUCACCAGCGGCACCCGAACAUGAGCCUUCAGGCGAUCAGCUGUGCCGACGGUCUCGUCUGCUCCACUUUGUCUGACGGCAGGGACGUCCCACAGCGACCGGCUGACCACACGCAUCGUGGGGUCCUCCUCCUCACUGGUCAGAUACGGACCUAAUCGAUCAUGACACGAGAUGCGCAGACAGACAUGUGGUGGGUCACCUGGUGUGUUGCCUUGUGUGUUGGAUGGUGGUGGUGGUGGUGGUACUUGCGACGAUGGUAGCACCCAGGACCACAAAGACACCGAGGAUGACGAAUGCGAGCCACAGGGGUAUGAUCCAAUCCAGGACAGGCCAGUGAUGCUGACAUACAUUACACACAACAGAACAGAUCUCAGUAAGUUGCUCGCUUAUCCUUGUCUGUCCACCCCGGCUGCUGGUCCACUUACCACAUGGCCGAUGUAGCUUGUCAUGCCCUUUAAAGCCACGGCGAAUAGGCAGCACAUGACGACCACUGCGAUGCCCCCGAUCCUCAGGAUAUCCUCCCGGUUAAGGAAGAACACCACUAUGGCACCGGAAAUCGCACAUAUCGCUAGCAAGGCAUAGAGCGGCCAGAUGGCCGCAUCCCACGACCACCCCUCCAGCAGAUGGGCGCUCUUCAACGCCACGAAACCCAAAGUGAGUGUGACCGUCAAAUCCAUCACAUUCAGCCGCACCAGCGACCACAUCCGACGGACAACUGCACACCAACACAGACCAUUAAGUUCCGCAUGAUAUCUCUCUCUCUCUUUGUCUGUGUGUGUGUGUGUUGCCAGUAGGUCCCUACCGAUGAUGUGGACGGCGAGAUGGCCAAUGUAUGCGAUAACGGAUGCCAGUGCUGGCAGCCAGAGGGGCAGGCCGAGGAGGAUGUGCAGCAAGAUGAGCGUGUUGGUCGUCAUGCGAGUCACAAACAUCGCCACGUAGAACAGCCGAAGCCUCAGCUCAGUCGACAACAUCCACCUACAAACAAACAGAUGACAGACAGACAGACAAGACAAACCACCGGGUGAGGUGAGUGAUGCAUCCAAGGGACCCCAUCACCUCCAUCACCUGCCCAGACACACGCGUCUGUCUAUCGCCCACCCACCCACCUGAUGUUCUUGAGAACGAUAACGAGACCGAGGAGUAUGGCAGUCCCAUCGAAGAGCAGCACGGGUGUGAGUGCCCAGGACCAUUCCCUCACUUCUGUGCCGGGCUGUCUGCCCUCACGGUCGUCCCAGAUGACGAACAGAGAGCAUAACAGCGCCACGCCGAAGAAGGCCACAUACUCACAGCAGAUGAGCGACGCUGCCACCGGCGUGAGCCGACCCACAUAGUCAUCGGCGGGAAGAGCCACCUGUGCACGCAGAGAGAGAUAGAGCAUCGAUACACACACGGGAUGGGAUGGCAGUCAGCCGUUCUACUCACUGACCUCUGGAACGAACAUCGCGGAAUGACAAAUGACGUAGUUCUUGCCUGAUUUCCCCGACCAACCGGUGCUCCU